UUCAAAGAAAAAUGAAUCAUCUGGCUAUUACAGGAGACUAACUCGAUUUUUGUCCUCUCUUCUACUCCCCUUUUAACAUGACAAUCUCAUAAUUGUGGAUUUCAUCGGUGGCCCCAAACGUUCUCCCAUGCACGCGCCUUCUUUCACAGGCUGGAUCGGGAAAGACAGAUGUAAACCGUGCGAAAAUAGCCUUUAAAAAGUCAUUAUUCCAUCAUGUAGGCUAGUGUUUUAAUGGCGUUUCAGAAAACAUGAAAAUAAACAACGAGAAAUGUUCAGCCCUGAAAUUGGAAAACGGAAUAAGGGUGUGACUGCCUGCGAUUUAUGUCGCCUUGCAGCUCCAGGUUCAGUCACUCCGGAUUCUGAAGAGGAACGAGCGCGCGUGCCCGGAAUGUGUGAUGAUAAAUAUGACCGUUUCUGCUGGCAGUGAGUGAUGAUGAAUGAUGUAUGUGCGAUGGGGUAACCUACGCCACGGAUCCUCCGCGGCGGCUCGCUCUUUCCUCUCGCUGUUUUUAUUAAGUGCAGCUGGAGAGAAAGGGGUUCUCGAUUCCCCCUCUUUUCUUGGAACUCAGUCAUUGGACGGUCUAUCUGGGCUGAGGGACAGAGCGACUGGAUUCUAAAACCCGGAACGGCUCAGGUUCAGCAGGACGGGAUUGGCUCUUUUAUGAAAGCAAGAACAAAAACAACAACCAAAGAAACAAAGAAAAACUUUUUACAUAAUCUUGUUUUAGGCGACAGGAGCUACGAGGAAGCGGGAAUAACGAAUUGCCGUACACGAUUACAUGUUUAUGUUACAACUCGUUUAGUUGAGUGUGGAAGGGCAAAUCCAGCGUGCCGCCAGGUGUGAUCCGCACCGGGUUUUACAGGCAGCCCCAUUCAGAGCCAGCGCUCGCGGACGGCAGGUUGUAGUCCCCCCACUGCGCUGGCGCUGCUGAACUGGAGCCGGUGCCUCCGCUCCGAGCCGCGUGCACGACGCUGUGAAUGAGAAUCUCCUCCGCGGGCGAAAGUGAAAAGUCACGCAGGAGGCCGCGCUGCCGUUUCCAGGCGAGUCCAGAGUCGGGAUCUGCGUUGGAAACGUGUUUUAAUUCCGUAACCGGUUCCCUCUGCUUCCUUCGGCUACUUCUGGUAGAGGAGAGUGAAGAGAAGGAGCAAACGACGAAUAACAACAGAGACCCUUUAUCCCUUCCGGCCGAGUGGCGCCCUGCCAUGGGGCAAGUUGGUCGGUCUGCGGGAAUGCGCGGCGUCAGAGAAGGCGCCGCUACCUGAGGGGCUCGGUUCGACCCGGGAAACGGAGCAUGUCUCCCAGCCGCAGCGCCUGCCUUUGUGCUGUUGACUGCCGUGGAUCCGAGUGGCGAAGGUGGUCUUGCCGCAGUUCUGUCCGUUUUCCGCUUCUCUUCGCUGCCUGACUGAACCCCAAGAUAAACAACGAAAAAAAUUCACCGCGCAGGUUUACAAAACGGUGAGGAGGCCAGAGUGCAGGCAUGAGGGUGUGUGGAUGACGUGCCAUCGGGAGGGCGGAGCUGGUGCUCAGAGAGCUGUGCUUAGCGGGUUUGGAGAGCCCGUGGGCCCGGGGCUGAUGGCGGCACGCUGGGCGGGGGGGGCAGCGGGGGGGCAUCCCGGCCUUACCCUGCUGAUUCUCAUGGUGGCACAGCUGGGCAUCUCCACAGGGUUCAGCCGAGCGCCCCUGCCCUUCGGGUUGGUCAGGAGAGAGCUGUCCUGUGAGGGCUAUCCAAUCGACCUGCGCUGUCCAGGAAGUGAUGUCAUCAUGGUGGAGACUGCCAACUACGGCCGCACAGAUGACAAGAUCUGCGACGCCGACCCCUUUCAGAUGGAGAACGUCAACUGCUACCUCCCUGAUGCCUACAAGAUCAUGUCCCAGAGGUGUAAUAACCGGACCCAGUGUGUGGUGAUAACCGGAUCCGACGUCUUUCCCGACCCCUGCCCUGGAACAUAUAAGUACCUGGAGGUUCAGUACGAGUGCGUUCCAUACAAAGUGGAACAGAAAGUUUUCCUCUGCCCUGGGACCCUGAGGGGUGUGCUGGAGCCCUCUUUCCAGUUUGAGGCGGAGCAGCAGGCGGGGGCAUGGUGCCGGGACCCCCUGCAGGCCGGGGAGAAGGUGUACCUGAUGCCGUGGACGCCGUACCGCACGGACACGCUGCUGGAGUACGCCUCGCUGGAGGAGUACCGGCGCGGCCGGCAGACGGCGGCCUACAAGCUGCCGCACCGCGUGGACGGGACGGGCUUUGUGGUCUACGACGGCGCCGCCUUCUUCAACAAGGAGCGCACGCGCAACAUCGUCAAGUUCGACCUGCGCACGCGCGUCAAGAGCGGCGAGGCCAUCAUCCCCGCCGCCAACUACCAUGACACCUCGCCCUACCGCUGGGGCGGCAAGUCCGACAUCGACCUGGCGGCGGACGAGAACGGCCUGUGGGUGAUCUACGCCACCGAGCAGAACAACGGGCGUGUGGUCCUGGGCCUGCUCAACCCCUACACGCUCCGCUUCGAGGCCACCUGGGACACGCCCUACGACAAGCGCUCCGCCUCCGACGCCUUCAUGGCCUGCGGCGUGCUCUACGUCGUCCGCUCCACCUACGAGGAGAACGAGAGCCCGGGGGGGCGGAGCCUGAUCGACUACGCCUUCAACACCAAGCUGGGCCUGGGGGAGGCGCUGGACAUCCCCUUCCCAAACCAGUACCAGUACAUCACCGCUGUGGAUUACAACCCCCGGGACAACCAGCUGUACGUCUGGAACAACUUUUACAUACUGAAGUACAACCUGGAGUUUGGCCCUCCUGACCCUGCACACGUGCCCACUGCUUCAGAGACUCCGGUAACGUCUGAACUUCCCGAAACCACACCCCCUGUAACCACGACAACUUCAAUGCCCGCCUACCGAGUCCCCUUCAGAACCACGCCCACUUCCGGGCCGAAGGAGGCGAGCCAGGGCCCAAAGCCCCCGCCCCUGGAGCUGGACCCCAUGGCCCCACCCCCGCCCAGGUCCCACCCGCUCCCCGAACGCGUAUGUGAGGCGGUGCAGAGGCGGGGCAUCGCCUGGCCCCAAACACAGAGGGGCGUGUCUGUGGAGAGGCCCUGCCCCAAGGGCACCCGAGGUACAGCCUCCUUCCAGUGUACGAGGGUCACAGGUACGUGGAGCCAGAAGGGUCCUGACCUCAGCAACUGCACAUCUCACUGGGUCAGCCAGGUGGACCAGAAGAUCCGGAGCGGGGAGAACGCAGCGAGUCUGGCCAAUGAGCUGGCCAAACACACCAAGGGCCCCAUAUUUGCAGGGGACGUGAGCUCCUCCGUGCGCCUCAUGGAGCAGCUGGUGGACGUCCUGGAUGCUCAGCUGCAGGACCUGCGGCCCAGCGAGAAGGACUCGGCUGGGCGGAGCUUCAACAAGCUUCAAAAGCGAGAGAGGACAUGCAGAGCAUACAUGAAGGCGAUGGUGGACACUGUGGACAACCUGCUGCGGCCCGAAGCGCUGAGGUCGUGGGCGGACAUGAACGCCACGGAGCAGACGCACGCCGCCACCAUGCUGCUGGACACGCUGGAGGAGGGCGCCUUCGUCCUGGCCGACAACCUGCUGGAGCCCGCCGUGGUCAAAGUGCCGGCCGAGAACGUCAUCCUGGAUGUCUAUGUCCUGAGCACUGACGGACAAGUUCAGGACUUGAGGUUUCCUCAGACCAGCAAGCCUGGCGUCUCCAUCCAGCUGUCCUCCAACACGGUGAAGCUCAACAGCAGAAGUGGAGUGGCCAAGCUGGUGUUUGUGCUGUACAAGCGGCUGGGACAGUUCCUCAGCACGGAGAACGCCUCCAUCCGAUUGGAGCAGGAGGACGGGGGCCAGAACCGCACCGUGGCAGUGAACUCGCACAUCAUCGCCGCCUCCAUCAACAAGGAGUCCAGCCGCGUGUUCAUCUCCGAGCCUGUGGUCUUCACCCUGGAGCACCUGGACACGGAGAAUUACUUCAACUCUAACUGCUCCUUCUGGAACUACUCUGAGCGGAGCAUGACGGGGUACUGGUCGACCCAGGGCUGCAAACUUCUACAAGCCAACAAGACGCACACCACCUGUUCCUGCAGCCACCUGACAAAUUUUGCCAUUCUGAUGGCCCAUCGAGAAGUCAUAGGCAGGGCAGGGAUGCACGAGCUCUUCCUGGGCAUCCUGACGCGUGUGGGCGUCGCGGUGUCGCUGGUGUGCCUGGCCAUCAGCAUCUUCACCUUCUGCUUCUUCCACGGCCUGCAGUGCGACCGCAACACCAUCCACAAGAACCUGUGCGCCAGCCUCUUCAUCGCUGAGCUCAUCUUCCUCAUUGGCAUCGACAUGACCCAGCCCAGGCUGGGCUGCGCCAUCAUCGCCGGUCUCCUGCACUUCCUCUUCCUCUCCGCCUUCUCCUGGCUGUGCCUGGAGUCCGUGCAGCUCUACCUGUCGCUGGUCGAGGUUUUCGAGAGCCAAGGUUCCCGCAGGAAGUACUACUACGUCUCCGGCUACCUGAUCCCUGCCAUAGUGGUGGGCGUUUCUGCCGCGAUCGACCGCCACAGCUACGGCACCGAGACGGCGUGCUGGCUGCGGGUGGAUAAUCAUUUCAUCUGGAGUUUUAUCGGCCCUGUCACUCUCAUCAUCACGCUGAACGUGGUCUUCCUGGUGCUGAGCCUGGUGAAGCUGCUGAAGAGCUCCUCCUCCCUCAAGCCCGACUCCAGCCGCAUGGAGAACAUCAGGUCCUGGGUGUUGGGAGCCUUCGCGUUGCUUUGCUUGCUGGGCCUGACCUGGUCGUUCGGCCUCUUCUUCAUCAACGAGUCGUCCGUCGUGAUGGCAUACCUCUUCAUCGUCUUCAACACCCUGCAGGGGGUCUUCAUCUUCACCUUCCACUGCCUGCUGCAGAAGAAGGUGCGUAAGGAGUACAGUAAGUGCCUGCGUCAGGCUCACUGUUGUCGAGGGGGGGCCGGUGAGAACUCCCACAGCUCCACAAAGACCUCCACCUCCAGAGUCAACACCCGCUACUCCUCUGCUACACAGAGCCGGAUUAGAAGGAUGUGGAAUGACACGGUCAGGAAGCAGUCGGAAUCCUCCUUUAUCUCAGGAGACAUCAACAGCACCUCCACCCUCAACCAAGGAAUGUCGGGAAAUUACCUGCUCACUAACCCCCUCCUCCGAGCGCACGGCACUAACCCCUAUAACACCUUACUGGCUGAGACCACCGCCCCCCUCUUUAACUCAGGGAUGUACAAAGAGACGAGACAUUCCCUCAGCAAUGCCCACGCCAGCAGUUUGAUGGACACCCUCCCUCUCAAUGGUAACUUCAGCAGCAGCUACUCCCUGGGCAAGGGCGGCCUGGUGGAGGGCGCCCCCUGUGGGCUCCCCUUGGACGACGCCGCCUUUGAGAAGAUGAUCAUCUCCGAGCUUGUGCAGAACAACCUCCGCACCAGCAGGGGGAGCCAGAGCGGCGAGCGCGGUGUGGGCGUGACAGUCGCCGGGAGCGACGCCCCAUCGCUGGUGCUCGGCGACCCCCCGGGGGCGGGGCUCGAGGCGCCACUGCUGCCCCAGAGGACUCACUCGCUCCUGUACCCCCCCCGCGGCCCCCCCGCCGCCCCCGCGUCCGAGGGGCGGGGCGCGUACCUGGCUUCACCCCCACACCGUUCCGAUCAAGAGGCUCCGCCCACAAACAGAGACUCCCUGUACACCAGCCUCCCGAACCUGACGGACACACCCGAGGCGGACGGGGGGUGGGGGGGGGGGGAGGACGGCGAGGGGCGGAGGGAGGAGGGCGGCGAGGGGCGGGGCCAGCACAGCCUGCCUGAGGACGUUUACUACACGGGCACCCCCGAACUGGGCCACGCCCCGCCCAUCCAGCCCUAUUACCUCAUCAAAGAGGACCCCGCCCCCGAGGAGGAGGCUGCCAGUGACGGACAGAUGCAGCUGGUCACUAGCUUAUGAGCCCCGCCCCCAACUCAGUUCAGCCCCUCCCCCACCAAACCAAACUCCGCCUUCCUGGAACACCUACGCUGGGUUUUUCAGACCCCUAGUAGUUUUUGGAAUCACAGCAUUUUUUAUAUUUUUCGUUUCGUUUUUGUCGUUGAUGUUGUGAGAUUUGAGAUUGGCCAGGGAUCCCGUUCGGUUCGGUUCAGUUUGGGCUUGUACCCCUCACAGCGGCGUCAAUGGAUGUCGGACCCGUUUUGUUCCCACCUUCUCCAGAAGCGAGCAUGCCAGACGGGCCUGUCGCAGCAACCAGGACGGUUUGAGUGGGACGGUGAGGUUUGAGUGGGACGGUGAGGUUUGAGUGGGACGGUGAGGUUUGAGUGGGAUGGUGAGGUUUGAGUGGGACGGUGAGGUUUGCGUGGGGCGGUGAGGUUUGAGUGGGACGGUGAGGUUUGAGUGGGACGGUGAGGUUUGAGGGGGACUGUGAGGUUUGAGUGGGACGGUGAGGUUUGAGUGGGACGGUGAGAUUUGAGUGGGACGGUGAGGUUUGAGUGGGACGGUGAGAUUUGAGUGGGACGGUAAGGUGAGGUUUGAGUGGGACGGUGAGGUUUGCGUGGGACGGUGAGGUUUGAGGGGGACUGUGAGGUUAGGAACGCCUGACCCCCGGACGGUUUGAGGGGGACUGCAUUACACCUUUCUGAAGGGACGCAGCCCAAGGUCUGAUUUAUCUCUCCUUUAUGUAAAUUCUAAUUGAAUGUCAUUUAUAAAUGAGACAUUUUAAUUAUACGUUUUAAAGUUUCUGAGAAUGGACUGAUCGUGUAAAGGUUGCACAUGUUAUAAAAAUGUUUUUUUUUUUCCUUUUAAAUUCCACUCAUUGUAAAAAAAAAAAAAAAAAUUACUUUUUUUUUUCAUUUUAAUGCUGUACUGAAGGGCAGGUCUGGUGCGCUAUAAUAUGGCUUCCUUCACCGAAACGCCACGCCCCUCGGCACUGAGGCUGUGGACCCUCCCAUUUCAGGCUGUAACGCCAUGUCUUUGCACAAAUUUGAUGUGAGUUAAAUAAUUUAUUUUACUGUAAGAUACUUGACAGGAAGUGUUCAAAUAACUGACAGGAAGUGAAGUAACCUCCACUCUUUUUUUCUCUUAAAGGGAUAGGGGUGUGCAGCUCUCGUUUCUGUACAGAUCUCUAUGUGUGUUCCAGCACUCCAGUCUUUCUCUUGCUUCUUUUGCCUAUUUUGUUAUUUUGUGAAAGGAAAGAGGAACUCAUGACUAGGAAUCUGUGUAAAGUCUUACACUUGUUUAACGGUAAAUAAACGUGAGGUCCUUUUUUUCCAGAA